AUGCAUAGAGCUAUCAAGAAAACACAUUUCAAACAGUUGUCUGGUCUCCUCCAGAGGUUUCAAAGCAACUUGGUGGUGGCAGAGCACAACAAUGACAAGCUGACCCCCAUUACGCUGAGUGCUAUUACUGCAGUCAAGAAACUAGGAGACGUGUCCUGUUUGGUUGCUGGAACAGACUGCAAAGCAUCUUACUUAAAAAUCUGAGUAAUAAAACAAAUAAAAUCGAUUUGCGUGUGGUGUUAACAGCAACUUGCAUGUCUUUCCACAGAGGAAUUGACUCCACUUAUACUGUCAACCCAGAAGCAAUUCAACUUCACCCAUAUCUGUGCUGGAGCGUCUGCAUUUGGGAAAAAUCUGCUCCCUAGAGUGGCUGCCAAGUUGGAUGUUGCUCCUAUUUCAGACGUUAUUGAGAUCAAAUACCCUGACACCUUUGACAGAACCAUCUAUGCCGGAAAUGCUCUCAGCACUGUCAAGUGUAAUGACAAUGUCAAGGUUUUCACUGUCAGAGGGACAUCCUUUGAGCCCACUGAGGUGGAGGGAGGCAGUGCUACAUCAGAGGAAGUUGCUACGUCUAAUUCCGCUGGGAUGUCUGAUUGGCUGGAAGCAACCUUGACCAAGACUGACCGUCCAGAGCUGACCAGUGCUAAGGUUGUGGUGUCUGGAGGAAGGGGACUGAAGAAUGGAGAGAACUUCAAGCUGCUCUAUGACCUUGCUGACAAAAUGAAUGCUGCAGUUGGUGCUUCCAGAGCUGCUGUGGAUGCUGGAUAUGUCCCCAAUGACAUGCAGGUUGGACACACUGGCAAGAUCGUGGCCCCCGAGUUGUACAUCGCUGUUGCUAUCUCUGGAGCUAUUCAACAUCUGGCUGGGAUGAAGGACAGCAAGACUAUUGUUGAUAAGGACCCAGAGGCUCCCAUCUUCCAGGUGGCUGACUAUGGUCUGGUGGCUGAUCUCUUUAAGGCUGUGCCUGAGAUGACUGCAGCAUUGAACAAGUAAGCCAGCGUUCAGCUAAGCAGCCAUCCCACCACUCUUACCUGGGUACUAAGACUGUAACCACAGUUACAACUCUCCUACAACCUCUGCCUUAAAUGGUUUCUGGAGCUACUAUUUUGGGGACACUAAUAAUGUUAUCAUCAUUCUCCCUAAAUGGCAACAGAAUAACACUCUCAGUUUACAAACUGUCUGUUUUUAUGUACGUAGGUAUGAAAAUGCCACAAAUAAUGUUUUGCUUACCUGGCGUAGGUGAUAUUUGUAUCCCUAUUAAUGCACAUUUUGUAUUUAACGUAGCGUCGCAAAGGUAAUCUUC